AUGGUGUAUUACUACAACACCAAAACAGGACUUCGACUCUUCGAGUACCAGGCUUUCGAGCACACAUUCUUCCGAAGUUGGCUCCACCUGUUCACUUAUCCCAUCCUCUAUCGACGAGCAGGCCACUUCGGAGGCAGUGGAGCACCGGACGACUUUCCCGACAUCACUGUCGUUCGACCUGGCGGCAAAAUGAUGCCAGACGUUAUGGUAUCUGAAACCCCCUUACCACCCCCUGACAGGGAGCUGUAUCUGUCCACCGACCCGGGAUACUUCGACUACGGAUGGCUACCACUCCCCAAGUACCCAAAACCGUUCUAA